AUGGAAGCUAACGCGCAUUCCGAUACAGCUGGGACGUCCUCAGCGUCUUCUCUCUCUGUCACUCAUAAACGAAGCUUGGAAAUCACCGUAGAAAGCGAUCGCAGCGAUCUUGAGGAUAUCAUUCCACAACCACGCAGGCCGUGGCACCGUCGUCUGGGAGAGAAAUUAGCGUCAAGGUAUCCUCGUGCAAAUCGCUUCCUGGUUUAUCUGCGUGGACCUCGUCCCAAAGUUGACUUACCUGAUCCCAAGCCACUCCUCAACAUCAAUCUUCAUCUUCGACAUUUCAAAAUCGUCCUACCACUGGAAUCGCUCGUUUCGAAAGCCACUCGCCCACUCACUUCCCUUUGGCUAUUUGCCCUGUUGGCCGCUGGUUAUAUCAUCGGCUUCGCUUUUUUCGCACGCGCGCAGUCGUUCUUGACGCCCUCGUCUGCAUUCAUCGAUUGCACAUCCACGUACUGGCUCAAUAAAAACGGGUGCGGGCUCGACGGUCAACAAUGCUUGCAAGGCAGUACUAGUGGUACUUUUGAUUUCCGAUGCCCUGCUCAAUGUGCUGGCCUCAUUCUUCAAAAUCCUCGCACCAUAGGCAAUGAACAAAUGGCGUACGUUCCCCUCAUCGUCGGAGGAGGAGACCCAGAGGGAACAUACCGGGGUGACACCUUCAUUUGUGCCGCGGCCGUCCAAGCAGGCAAGAUUAGCAACUCGAGAGGAGGUUGCGCGACAUUGAGACUUGUUGGAAACUACACCAAUUUUUUGCCAUUAACGGCUCAUGGUCUGACCUCAAUUGGAUUUCCUACCGAAUUCCCUCUCUCCUGGCAAUUCGAAGACAGCACACCUUUAUCCAAUUGCGAGGACAACCGUGAUGCAGCGCUUGCUUUCAAUGUCAUCAUUACCUGCUUAAUCUUCGUUGUCCUAAGACCCAAGCCCAGAAUCACGUUCUGGUGUCUCGUGUGUAUAGGCUUCUGGCACAUCUCACUCUUCUCUCAACCAGCAGCUUCACCUCCUCCCCUCGAAAGAGCAUUCUCAAUUUUCCUCCCUGGAUUAUUCGUUACUUAUGCGUUUUGGCGCGUUGCCUGGCGAUUUGUCUUGCCUGCAUUUGCAAAACUGCCCAUCGAAGCUAUGGUCUUGUAUUUGGGACCCUAUUGGGUUGGAGUCUUGAAUAACAUGACCAUCGACAGGAUCCCUAUCAGCCGUCUACUUGCCACAGAUAUUAAAUCCCGCCAAGGCGGAGUCGCCUCUUUGGUAGUUAUCAUCAUUGUCGUCGUCGCACUCGUUUUCAAUCAGCUGCGGGUGAUUCGGAAGACGGGAUGGUUACCGUACUAUUUUGCCUGGUACGCCGCCGGGGGUCUGGUCGUUCUCGUCCUCUCACAGCUUCCUGGUUUGGUCUUGCGAGUGCAUCAUUAUAUCAUUGGAAUGGUGUUCACACCAGGCACAGCUUUCCCCACCAAAAUAUCCGCAAUAUUGCAAGGACUAUUAUUGGGACUUUUCCUAAACGGAAUCGCUGCAUUCGGGUUUGACUCUGUCUUGCAAACACCCGAAUCGCUGGUACGGGACGCCCCAAUCGGCUCGGACUUACCUUCCUUCUUGACCAACUCAACCAACUGGAAUCCACAAAUACCGUUUUCUAAUCAGACUAUAACAUGGUCUCCGCUCCUAGAGGGGUGGAGUGGUUUUUCCCUUCUCCUCGAUGACGUCGAGCGUUACUCUGGCGACGCUCUCAACUUGUCCUUGGCCGCAUUGAACGCUUCGAUACCUCAUUUCUUCCGACUCGCGAUGACUGCGAACGGGACUACCGGCGAUUACACCAUGGCUGCUACGCUCUGGCCGAAUGGGACCUGGGUCGAUCCGUUAACGGGGCCAUCCUAA